ACCCUCAAAGAUGGAAGCCAUCUGGCACUUUCACCACGAGCCCUGGUCGUCGGAUGAUUUUCCGGCGGGUGAAAGCAAAAAGGAAACUGAUCAAAGACUCCGCCAUCUAAGCUCGAAGCCGUGGUGGGAAAACACGAAAAACGAAGUUGUGCGAUUCCUACACAAAGAACUCACUUCUCAAUCGCCGUGGGGAUAUACCAUUUACCGCACCGUUUACACCCCAGAAUCUGACCAGCAUUGGGAUGCCUUUCUCGACGCGAUUUCCAAGAAUACCUACGCAGGCUUAGGCUCAGAUCUCCAUGACGAUGAACCAUCCCGGAUCUUCAAGGAGGGAUACCGCACUCUAGUUUUCAAUGAUCCUGCUCAGUUCAACGGUGCAACUCUGGACGAGAUCCGUAAGCAUUUCAGGGCGUUCCGGGAGAGUGACACCAACGGAAAUCAGGAAGUUCGAUUUCGGUGGUGUCUAGUUAUUGAUGAAGGCGCUUUACAAUCUUUUAUCCGCCACCCUAGUUGGGUCACGGUGGUAGACCCGAAUUACCGAGGGGGCAGCAGUUACAAUACGCAAUACUACCCGGGAUAUUUACGCUUAUAUCUGAGUGAUCUCUGGAGCCUUACUCGUAUUGGGCGCGCUCUCGGGCUGGAUGAUGUCUGUGGAACAAUGAAAGGACCAGACGACGUUCCCUGGUUUGAUUCUGAUAUGUAUUAGUAUAUAUAUAACACUAAGACUCUUACUAGAAAACAGGAAAUAUUUUUAUUA